CGAGAAGAGCCGACGAAGCACGAGGGGUAAGGGAAAAAAAAAUGCUGCAGGUGGAGGAUGCGCUGGCGGCCGUGCUGUCCGCCGCCGCGGGCCGGCGCGCCGCCGCCUCCGCCUCAGCCGCCGUGCCGCUGCUCGACGCGCUCGGCCUCGUCCUCGCGGAGGACGUCCGCGCGCCCGACCCGCUCCCCCCCUUCCGCGCCUCCGUCAAGGAUGGGUACGCGGUCGUGGCCUCGGACGGGCCAGGGGAGUACGCCGUCAUCGCGGAGGCGAGGGCCGGCGACGACGCGCUCGGCGUGGUCGUGACCCCCGGCACGGUCGCGUACGUCACGACCGGAGGGCCGAUACCUGACGGCGCAGAUGCCGUCGUGCAGGUGGAGGACACCGAGCAGGUCGCCGCCCCGCCGGAUGGGACCAAGAGGGUUAGGAUUUCGGUGCGGGUAGCCGAGGGGCACGACAUACGCAAUGUGGGGUGUGACAUAGAGAAAGAUUUAGUAGUGCUGAAGUCUGGUGAGCACCUAGGUCCUGCAGAAAUUGGGCUACUUGCAACCGUGGGAGUAACUGCUGUCAAGGCAUACCGUCGACCAACAAUUGCUGUGUUUUCUACAGGGGAUGAGUUGGUGCAGCCAGACACUGCAACUCUCAGCCGUGGUCAGAUUCGUGACUCUAACCGGGCCAUGCUACUUGCUGCUGCUAUUCAGCAUAAGUGUAAAGUGGUUGACUUGGGUAUUGCGAAAGACACUGAAGUAAGCCUUAAGGAGCUAAUGGAUGCAGCUCUACGUUCCGAUGCUGAUAUAAUUCUUACUUCUGGUGGUGUUUCCAUGGGUGAUAGAGAUCUUGUCAAACCUUGUUUGGCAAAGAUGGGUAAAAUUUACUUUGACAAGAUCCAAAUGAAACCAGGAAAGCCGUUAACAUUUGCUGAGAUCAGCACGGACGACACAGCAAGGUCAUCGAAAACAGCUCUUGCUUUUGGCUUGCCUGGAAACCCUGUAAGCUGUAUGGUUUGCUUCAAUCUCUUUGUUGUUCCUGCGAUACGUCUUCUCUCUGGUUGGUCAAACCCUCAUUUGCAAAGAGUUCAUGUGCGUCUAUCACAUCCCUUAAGAGCAGACUCACAUCGUCCAGAGUUCCAUCGUGCAGUGAUCAGAUGGGUGCUUGAUGAUGGAUCUGGUAGACCUGGUUAUGUUGCUGAGAGCACUGGCCAACAAGCUAGUAGCCGCCUCCUAAGUAUGAAGUCUGCAAAUGCCUUGCUGGAAGUACCAGCAUCUGGACAGACAUUAGCAGCCGGAGUAUCUAUCCAAGCUAUAGUUAUCGCGGAUAUAACCAGCCCUCCUUUGUAUAAGCAACCUGCUGCCACCACUACCAGCCUUCUACCAACUCAUUUUGUUUCUUCUGCAAAAAGCAUGUCCACAGAUGUCUCCCAGGUUGCGGCCUCUCAGAAUGCUGAAGUUAAAGUAGCAAUUCUGACUGUUAGCGAUACUGUAUCUUCCGGAGCAGGCCCCGAUAGGAGUGGCCCAAGAGCUGUAUCUGUAGUGAACUCUUCAUCAGAGAAAUUAGGGGGAGCAGUUGUUGUUGCUACUGCUGUAGUUCCAGAUGAAGUGGACCAAAUUAAGGACGUUCUGGUAAAGUGGAGUGAUGUUGACCGUGUCAACCUCAUCUUGACCUUAGGCGGCACUGGCUUCACACCUAGAGAUGUCACACCAGAGGCAACAAAAUGUGUGAUAGAGAAAGAAGCACCUGGCCUUGCGUUUGUUAUGAUUCAGGAGAGUUUGAAGGUGACACCAUUUGCAAUGCUAUCCCGGGCUGCAUCUGGGAUAAGAGGAUCGACACUUAUAAUCAACAUGCCCGGCAACCCAAAUGCUGUCGCAGAGUGCAUGGAGGCUCUUCUCCCAGCGCUGAAGCAUGCCAUCAAGCAGCUGAAGGGUGACAAGAGGGAGAAGAACCCCCGCCAUGUCCCUCAUGCCGAUGCCGCGCCCGUGGACCAGUGGGAGCGAAGUUUUAAAGCCGCAUCCUCUGGCGGUGGAUGCUCGUGUGACCCCUAAUCGACGGUUCGACACAGAUCCAUACACCUGGGAAAUCUGUAUGAUAAGAAUUUGAUCUUGUGGGACCAAACAACUACUUCCUUUGUGAUCCUGUUCUGUCAGCUUGGACUGCUUGAGGCUCAAGCCUCAAAGAUGACGGCCUUUUGUUUGCUCGACGUGCCAUGUUUCAUACUCCUUUUUGCACUAGGCCUCAUUUCACAUUGUGACAGUUGUCGCUUUUUUGUAAUUACACCGAGCUUGAUAUUGAAUAAAUUACCUAGUAAUAGUGAUAACUGCACUCAAAAUUACAUACGUGCACUACACAAUACAUAAAGUGGCAGGGCUCAAUUUGUAAACUGGGAAAGUGCAUGUUUUGCCGAGGUACACAAGGCUGCACUUCAUAUA